AUGCCCCCCAAACGCGCUGCUGCAGAGCGCACUGCAGAGAGCGAACCCAAAAAGGCUGUCGCUGCUGCUGCCGCCAAACCGCGCGGUCGUCCUGCUGGUAAGAGCGCCGCAAAAAAAGACGACGCCGCGAAGAAAACCAAGACAACGCAGGCUAAAAAGCCUCUUCAAGAAGCAAAGGCCAACACAAGCGCGAAACGCAAGGCCGCAGAGAUCGACGAAGAGAAGCCGGCUACCAAGAAACAGAAGCGUGUUGUCACCAAGGCUGCAAAACCCCCCAAAGCCCCUAAAGUUCCGAAAGUCCCGAAAGAGCCCAAAGCCAAGGCUGCUCCAGCUCCCAAGCCGAAGAAGCCCAAGGUUGUCAUCAACACCGCGCCAACCACGCAACUCGAUGUCUUUGCUUUCGGCUCAAACAGCAACGCCGAGCUCGGCAUGGGCGAUACCUUCAAGAAGGCAGACUGCCCGCGCCCAAAAUUCAACACUGUCCUUUCCAACGCCGGCGUCGUCCAGAUCUCGGCUGGUGGAAUGCACGGUAUUGCUCUCACUCACGACAACAAGGUCCUCACGUGGGGCGUGAACGACCAGGGCGCAUUGGGCCGUGACACGAACUGGGAUGGUGGUCUUGUUGAUAUGGACAAGGCUCAAGAGGACUCCGACUCGGAUGAUGACGAGGAGAUCGAGGUCAAUCCUAAGGAGGCGACUCCCACCGAAAUCGACUUGUCUGGUGUUGAGCCGGGCACUAUCUUCACUCAAGUCGUUGCUGCAGAUAGCGCGUCUUUUGCUCUGACUGAUGAUGGGUUGGUCUACGGAUGGGGUACAUUCCGUAACAGCAACGGUGUUUGGGGCUUUUCGCCUGAUGUUGAGAUCCAGCGAACUCCCACUCUUAUCCCUGGCUUGAAGAGCGUUAUUAAAGUGGCUGCUGGUAGCAACCACGUUCUCGCUCUCUUGUCUGACGGCAGCGUCCACUCCUGGGGAUCCGGCGAACAAGACCAACUCGCGCGUCGCAUUGUCGAACGUCGCGCAAAAGAACAAGCUCUCGUCCCCCAGAAAGUCGGCACCCGCCGUGGCUUCGUCGACAUUGCCACCGGCGCCGACCACUCGUUUGCCGUGCACAAGGACGGCUCAAUUUUCGGCUGGGGUCUGAACAAUUACGGCCAAACAGGCAUCCCGUCCAAGGCCGGCGAAAGCGAAGCCGGCAUCCUCAAACCCGCGGUCAUCCCGAGCUUGAAAUCGCACAAGAUCACGCAACUCGCAGCGGGCAACUUCAACAGCCUCGCCAUCACGGAGUCGAACGAGUGUCUUGUCUGGGGCCGCAUCGACAACCACGCCACGGGCAUCGAGCCCACCACCCUAGCCCUCUCCAAGGACGAUGUGAUCUUCGACGAGCGCGACCGUCCUCGCAUCCUAACCAACGCCACGCCCAUCCCCGGCCUCGCCUUCUCCUAUGCUACCUACGGCACCGAACACGCCAUCGCCGUGACACCCGACGGCAAGGCGUACUCGUGGGGCUUUAACUCGUCCAACCAGACCGGCCAGCCAGGCGACGACGAUAUCAAGGUCGCUACCGUGCUGCAGUCCAAGGCUAUUGCCGACAAGAGCUUCAUCUGGGCCGGCGCAGGCGGCCAGUACGGCAUGAUCGCGUCGGAGCAUGCCUCCACUUGA